GGGACAAGUUCAAAUUUAAAGUCAGUAUUGUAUGUUCACCUUUACCUUGUUUUCAUACUGCAAUCUGCAAAUAUCCCCACAUUCCAGUAAAAUAAAAUAAUGGUAAUGUAUAUAGGAGGUCUUUCAAGAGUAAGGUACAAAUGAAAACCGAUAAAGAACCAGUCUUUAUGGAAAAAGAAGAAAAAGCAAGUGGGCAACAUUCCAAAUGAACACCCAGAACAUGGAAAAUCCCUCGUUUCAAUGCCAAAAAUUCAGCGUGGAAAAAAUGUAACCCACCCGAGCCAAAUAGCUGUUGAGGUAGAGAGGGUACUGAAGACAAAUAAUCUUUGUAGUCUUAUUAAAACAAGACGAACUAUUAUCAGUGGCAUUUGAUGGGUCAAUUAAAGCAGUUAAUAGAAAUAAUAAAAUAAGUAUGGGGAAACAAUAUGUCUAUUACAGUGUUUGAUAGUAUCAUUAUUUAAUUAAGUUGUUAAAUUCGAUUUAUUCUGGAUAACACUGAAAUUCUUAGCACUACAGCAAUAUGUGCACUUCACAGUACUGACUUCAACACAUUGUACGUGUACUCUAUACAAUGUCAAUACCUUACAUUCUAGUAUAAUAAAUCUUUUCCUAAAACUUGUGCCAAUCCACUAUUUGAUUCCUUUGACCACCCCGUGCUAUCUUUAGCGUGUUGCUAUUUUCAGUGCCGCCAGGCUGCAUGACACAACUGCACUGCUUGCACACGUCUGUUUACAGUCAACAGAAACACUGAAUAUACUGAACGCUGCCUAUCUUCAUGCUUUGUGUGCAGAGCAAUUUGCAUUCAUAAAGGUACAACAGAAGUGUUAUGGGGCCACCCUGCGGUUCAGGGUCGUGCAGGGACAAGGAUGAAGAUUCUGGGGAAGAGCAAGGUGAAGAAUCUGGAGAUUUGAGAGUAUGGGUAGAGGACACUGUUUUCAUCGUAGACAGAGCCAUCUUGAGGCAAAACUUUGAGUAUUUUCGAGCUCUCUUCCGCUCAGGGAUGAAAGACAGCCGGCAGAACAAGUUUCACUUGCGAGGGGGUCUAAAAGCGAGGGGUUUCCUCCUUGCUUUGGCCGUUUCCAGGGGCGAGCGGCCUGUUAUCCAGGAUCCAGACGAGAUUGUGGACGCCGCUGAAUGUGCAGCCUUCUUGCAAGUGGGGGUCUUGAUUCAGCACUUAAUAGAAAUUCUUGACACCGACAAUUGCAUUCUUCUGUACCAUACAGCAGCGGUGUACGGAUUGUGGAGGUUGUUUCAUAGUGCUGCUGUGUUUAUCUGCGAUGCUUACAGUGACCUGCAGGACGCCGUCAAGGUGCUGCCAGAGGAGAUGAUUUGCUACGUUGAGUCUCUUUCACCGGCAUCGUUCGUCGCUCUGGGCACCCAUUCGCCAUCCAUGAAGAUGCUUCAGGACUCCUUCAGGACAGUCUUCUACCUUGAUGAGAAACUGGGAUCCUGGAAAUACCUGACUGAUUUACCGACAGACGCAAGCACCUCCAUGGCUGGUGUUGCUGUUGUGGAAAAUCGGUUGUAUAUUGUUGGUGGGGUUCGAGGAGUUAGUAAGGAGACCGUAAACUGCAGCUAUUCUUACGACACAGAAACCAACACUUGGAGCGAGUUUGACGGCCCUCUGCAAUCGAGGUACAACUUUACUUUGGUGGGCCACAACGGACACCUGUACGCAAUCGGAGGUGAAUUUGAUAAAAGGAUCAUGUCCUCAGUAGAGGCCUGUGACGUUUCCACAGGUGUGUGGACGCUUUGCAAGCACACGCCACGUUCAGUGGCUGCAGCGGCAAGCGCUGUUGCCAGGCGUAGGAUAUUUGUGUGUUUUUGGAAGCCUCCAGACACUACAGACAUCUACGAAUACACGCCGGUCAAGGAUGAAUGGACGCUGACCACCACUAUGGUCAAUCCUCAGAGUUAUGGACACUGUAUGGUGGCUCACGGUGACAACUUGUACGUUAUGAGGAACGGCCCGUGUGAUGAUUUUUUACGCUGCCUAAUGGACUGCUACAACAUUACCACAGGCCAAUGGACGGCCAUGCCGGGACACUACGUCAACAGCAGGGGUGCCCUCUUUACGGCUAUAGUGAGAGGGGACUCUGCAUUUACAGUGAACCGCAAUUUGACUCUGGAAUAUCACAUUUGCGGGGAUCAGUGGAAGCCCCGCAGACAGAUGACGGGGUUUCCAAAAAGUGGCUCGCUUUGGACAUGUUUACUCCGACUGCCCAAGAGCAGAGAUACGCGGGAGGGAAAUGAUGCAAAGGAGGCAAUGGAGAUGGAUGGUAAUGGGGAAACAGUGCAAGAUCUUGUAGAGGCUAAACAGCCACCUUAGGACUUUUGGAUAAAUCUGAUCUCAUUUUUCGAUGUCACAUAUAGCUCAUCCAUAAGUAGCAUAUUCAACUUAUUUUGUGUUUCACAAAAGAAAUAAUGACAGAACUUUAAUUUUGAGGUGAAUUAUUCCCUUAAAUUAUUAAAAUGCACAACUGCACAAAUGUCUUCAGUAGUAAAUGUCGCUAUACGUCUGUGUAUAUUCACUUUGGCAAAUGAGAGAAGUGCAAUAAAUAAACAGGUGUGAACAUGUCUUGCUUCAUUUCCAACACUCUUGUGGACGUGCACACGUGUUACUGCUCUAACUGCAGUACUUCGGCCUCUAUAAACAGCUCGCCGAUCACUUAAGCAGCUGCUGUUAAUCAGACCCAGCACCCCGCAGAAGGGUCUGAAGUUCAAAGUCUUCUCACUGGAGAGCUUUAAUACCCUCCAUCCUGCUGUCUGUCUGACUGACUGCUCACUCCCACUGCACCCUGGGAUUGAUACAGCUACAAAGCAUCUCAACGUACCACGUAGACAACAUAGCAUCACUUUUUCCUUUUUUUCUUACAUUAUUAUCAGAAAACAUAAGAUCAGAUAUAAGGUCGGAACAAAAGCUAAUGCAUAAUACAAAGUAAAUGAUAACAGAUAUUUACAUCAGUGUCUUGCAAUAAAGUUCAAAGAGAGAUCAAAUAGGAGAUUGUGCUGAGUGUUGUAUUUGUGCUAUUUAUACAAACAUCUUAAACAAGUGGUGGUUAUUCAUGGUGUGAAACACUUUUGAGAGGUAGUGGAAAACACAUUAGAUCGGAUAACUUUUGUGGUGUAGACUUGCAUGUAGUGGAAUGUGUUCGAGCAGCCACAAAGUACAGAAGUGGUUGAAAGUGGACCAAAGAGACAGGUUAAAGUACAAGGGGUACACAGAAAUGUGUCUCUCACGUCCAC